GCAGGGUCGCUUCCUGUCACGGUCGCAGCAGCCGCCGCCGCUGCCGCUGCCGCCCGGGGGCCGCGGGAGCCCUGGGUGGUGCCGGGCGGGAUCAGGCCCAGACUGGUUUCGGAUCCGGCGUGAGUCCGGGCCCAGCUCCGACGCUCCCAGCCCGAUGCCCCGGAGCCGCAAACUCGACCUGUCUGACUGACCUCGUCUCUUCUCCGUGUCCGCUCAUUCCGAGCCCCCGGCUCAGACAGGUAUCUAGGGUGUCAAGAUGCCAGGGCCAAGACCUCGGAAAGGCCCUCAGGCCAGUGGCCAGGGUGUGGCAGCUGCAAAGCAGCUGGGGCUCUUUGUGGAGUUCAGCCCUGAGGACAUGCUGCUGGGGAUGGAGGAGACUGAAGAUGACGGAGACCUGGAGGCUGAACUGCUGGCCCUCACUGGGGAAGCAGGGGCUGCAGGCAGGAAGCCAACACCCAAGGGGCAGGCCCCCCUGCCUAUGGCCCACAUCGAGAAGUUGGCUGCAGACUGUAUGCAGGAUGUGGAGGAGGAGGAGGAGGAGGAGGAAGGGCUGGAGGAGGAUGCAGACUUGCUGACUGAGCUGCAGGAGGUCCUGGGUGCAGAUGAGGAGGCUGGGCCCCUGGAUGGUGAUAAGACAGCUAACCCAGGUGGCUCUGAAGAGGAGAAGGGACAGGAAAACAUUGAAGUUCCAGGGCAGACAGAUCUACUAACAGCUUCAGUCCCAGCAGCUCAGGCUGGAGGGCCUCGGGGGCUGCAGGCUCUACUGGAGGAUCGGAUCCACAACUACCGGGAGGCUGCAGCCAGUGCCAAGGAGGCAGGUGAAGCAGCCAAAGCCAGGCGCUGUGAGCGUGGCCUGAAGACUCUGGAGGGUCAGCUGGCUGCUGUGAGGAAAGGCAGGAAGAUCAGUGAGGAUGAGAUUCCACCUCCAGUGGCCUUGGGCAAGAGACAGCCGGCCCCCCAGGAAACAACUGACAAGAACCCUGAGGCAGAUGCUCCGGCUCCCUUCGCCAUGGAGCCAGACAAGCCCUCCCAGCAGGAGACAAGCCUCUUGGGCAGUCCUGGCAUUUCUGCCACACCCGAUUCAGACCCAGACCCGCAGGCCCUGUUGUUGGCUCGACAGAGAGAGUACAAAUUGGCUGCCCUGAAUGCCAAGCGGGCUGGAGACCUAGACCGUGCCCGAGAGCUCAUGAGGAUUGGGAAGAGGUUUGGUGCAGUCCUGGAGGCCCUGGAGAAGGGGCAGCCUGUGGACCUGAGUGCCAUGCCCCCGGCACCAGAGGAUCUGAAGCCCCUUCCACAGGCUUCCGAGGCUCUCACAGCACCCUCAGUUGUACCCCCAGCAGUGGAGCGAGUGCAGCCAGUGAUGGCCUCCGACACUCCAGCAGCCCCAGUGGUCCCUGCUGAGCCACAGACGGUGCUGGAUGCCCUGCAGCAGAGACUGAACAAGUACCGUGAGGCAGGCAUCCAGGCCCGGGGCAGUGGGGACGAACGUAAGGCGCGGAGACAUGAGCGCAUUGCCAAGCAAUACCAGGAUGCCAUUCAAGCACACCGGGCAGGACGGAGAGUUGACUUUGCUGAGUUGCCUGUUCCUCCAGGAUUCCCCCCCAUUCCCGGCCUGGAGCCCACUACGGGCACUGAGGAGGAUGCAGUGGCAGCUACUCUAGCAGCGGCCCAGAAACUGGCUUCCGUGGAGGAGACAGCCCUGGCAGAGGAAAAUGAGGAUGAGGAUGAGCCUCCAUCCCAGGCCCCAGUGGCCAAGAAGCCAGCGAAGCCUGUGGUCCCUUCAUUCCGGGCCCUGCCUGAAUCCAAGGCCUCGAGCUCUAAGGAGUCGCUGAGCCCCUCUGUGCGGGAGCAGCUGGUAUUGCUAGAGGCACGGAAACUGCAGUACCAGCGGGCAGCCCUGCAAGCCAAGCGUGGCCAGGACCUGGAGCAGGCCAAAGCCCAUCUGCGGGUGGCCAAAUGCCUUGAGGCUCAGAUCACCCAGGUGCGAGCUGGCCGACCUGUGGACCUCUCCAAGGUGCCUUCACCCUUGACGGAUGAGGAGGGUGACUUCAUCCUCAUUCACCAUGAGGACCUGCGACUCUCCCAGAAGGCUGAGGAGGUGUAUGCCCAGCUACAAAAAAUGCUUCUGGAGCAACAUGAGAAGUGUCUGCUGUUCUCCAAGCAGUUCAUGCACCAGGGCAAUGUGGCUGAGACUACCAGGUUUGAGAAUCUCGCUCAGGACCGCAAGAAGCAGCUUGAGAUCCUGCAGCUGGCCCAGGCCCAGGGCCUUGACCCUCCCAGCCAUCACUUUGAGUUGAAGACAUUCCAGACUGUGAGGAUCUUUUCAGAACUCAACAGCACAGAAAUGCAUCUGAUCAUUGUCCGGGGAAUGAACCUCCCGGCCCCUUCAGGGGUGACUCCUGAUGACUUGGAUGCUUUUGUGCGGUUUGAGUUCCACUACCCUAACUCGGACCAGGCUCAAAAGAGCAAAACAGCUGUGGUGAAGAACACAAACUCUCCAGAAUUUGAUCAGCUCUUCAAACUAAACAUCAACCGAAACCACCGGGGCUUCAGAAGGGUGAUCCAAAGCAAAGGAAUCAAGUUUGAAAUCUUCCACAAAGGGUCCUUCUUCAGAAGUGACAAGCUGGUUGGCACAGCCCACCUGAAGCUGGAGCGGCUGGAGAAUGAGUGUGAGAUCAGAGAGAUUGUGGAGGUCCUGGAUGGAAGGAAGCCCACUGGGGGCAAGCUGGAGGUGAAGGUGAGGCUGCGGGAGCCUCUGAGUGGCCAGGAUGUGCAGAUGGUCACUGAGAACUGGCUGGUCCUGGAGCCCAGGGGCCUGUAAGGAGACAGUCGGUAUUGGGAGAGGAAACAGGCCAGCGACUGUGUGCAGGAGCAUACUUUUCCCAGCUUUGUUGGCCACAGAAGCCUUUGUACGUAAGGAAGAUGCUGCUACACAAGCACCAAAGAUCUGUGAAGUAUGUGCAUUACGACCACACAGCCCUGGUCUUUCCUGUUGCCUGGUCCCUCUCUGGGCCUCCACCAAAGCAGGCUGGAUUCCAGGAGUCCCCUCCCCUUCCACUGCCUCCCUCUCCUGCUGGGCGGAGGCAAAGAUAGCCUCAUUGCUCUGUGCCAUGGAGUCUUCCAGCCCCUUAACCCUUGUGUAGCAACUGUGUGUAGCUUACCCCAGCCCCCAGUUGCAACAUUUCUGGAUGUGCCUUUAAAAGAUUUAACUAAGGGAUGGGAGAACUUGAGGGUGAUCGGGACCCCCCACCCCCGCAUAAGGUGGGGGCACGGUUCUGUGACUCCACUUCGUCAGUGGCAGCCUAUCCCACACAACUCAGCUUACCCCAGCUGUGCCUGUGCCUUGGUUCCUCACUGCUGCUGCACUAGCCUCCCUGCUUCCCGAAGCUCUCAGUGGAGGAGGGAAGCUCCGUUCAGGAAUGUGUGCUGGGAAGUAAGGGCAAGGUUGUAUCUCGGGUUUGGUCCAUGCACCUAAGACUAAAUGACUGUUAACUGGAAGAAAAAAAAAUAUAUAAAUAUGUAAUUUUAUGUAGCCGUUUUUAUUUAAGAAACUAGAUCUAAUUUAUUAGCGGGGCUUUACACUCCAUAUGCAGAGUAACUACCAAACUCCUGAAUAAAAGCCCUGUUCCCUGUCACUUUUAAAAGCCAGAGUGGCAGUAAUAUCUGUUAAUGGACAGAAAC